UUUACUGGAAAUCGUACAUGUUCGUUUUUAUUCGUGAAAUUUCUCGCCGACUGCUCCCUUUGAGACUGAUAUCAAACUGUUAUUUUGAAAGUGCGAUAUGGCGUCAAGUAAUGACGAAGAAUCUGAUUCGGAAUACGUCCAUCCAAGAGGAGUACCUCAUUUUCCAGGACAUGAGAGACGGUCCAACACAUUGCCGAUAUGGGGGAAUGAAAGGACUAUGAAUUUGAACCCCCUCAUCCUAACAAACAUUCAAACGUCACACUACUUCAAAACAAACCUAUCUGAAUUGAAGACAUACCAUGAAGUGGUUGACGAAAUUUACUACAAAGUUCAACAUUUAGAGCCAUGGGAGAAAGGUAGUAGAAAAACCUCUGGGCAAACUGGAAUGUGUGGUGGGGUUCGUGGAGUUGGUGCUGGUGGAAUUGUUUCUACACCUUAUUGCCUGUUGUACAAGCUUUUUACUUUAAAGUUAACAAGGAAGCAACUUAUAGGAUUGAUCACUCACUGUGACUCUCCUUACAUUCGGGGAUUGGGUUUCAUGCACAUCAGGUACACGCAACCUCCUGCUGAUCUCUUUGGUUGGUUUCAGCCUUAUUUGGAAGAUGAAGAGGAAAUCGAUCCGAAAGCGGGCGGUGGUCAUCCAAUGACUAUAGGAACGAUGGUCCGUCAAUUGCUCACAAAACUGGACUGGUAUGAUAGCCUCUUUCCUCGAAUUCCCGUGCCUAUUCAGAUUAACAUCGAUCGUGAAUUGGCCAAAAGUUUUCCUCCCGUCCAACAGCAGAGAGUUGCCCAACAACCAGAACUUCCUGCCGCAACGGGCAGGGAUCAACGUGAUUGGCGCCGUGAAGAACGUCCCUCCCGUUCGCCUCCACCUCGAAGGGAUAACGUGCGUUCACGCUCGAGAUCACGGGAAAGGGAAAGAAUUCGUGAUCGCAGUCGAGAAAGAGAUCGAGAUAGCAGGUAUCGCUCAAGUCGUGAUCGUGAUCGGGAGCGCCGAGAUCGCGAUCGUGGCUCGGACAGAGACAGCAAGAAGCAGAAAUCAUCGAGCCGACAUCGAAGUCGAAGCCGAGAUCGAGAUCAACGAAGACGACGUGACGAUCGGCGCUAAAAACUUCAAAAAAACAAACAACUAAACUUUGCUUCAUUUCCUUAAUUUUUGCUGUAAUUUUUUGCGUUUCAACCUUUUUUUUUUGUUUUUUCUUCCUUUUUUAGUUUUGACACGGAUCCUACAGUUUUUGUAAUGGUUCGAUAACCCUUCACUGUUCACAUUCAUCGUCAUGGAAUUACAGUCUUUUUCGAUAAUCAAAA